GAGCGGAAACCUUGGCUGAAACUCUAUUGUCCAACCCCCAACAGUCAUUGAAAGUGUCAAUCAGCGCGUGGUGCCCUUUGAUGUUCGCGCUACCCGACUUGUCUUCUGCUCAAAAGCAGUAUUUGUUGCAGGCCGUGACUACAAUACUUUUCAUCCCGCCGAGGUCCUAUUUUCUCUGAUUCCUCUCAGAUAGUUACAGCCCCUAAAUUUACAGAAAAAUUACAAAAGUUUCUAACAGGAAAGUGGAAGUAUAUUUUGUUUGUUUGGGUUUUGUUCUUGUUUUUUUUUUUUUUUUUUUUAACAAAGACAAAAUGCCACAGCUCAAUAGCGGAGGGGGAGAUGAUCUCGGAGCCAACGACGAAAUGAUUGCAUUUAAAGAUGAAGGAGAACAAGACGAGAAGAUUGAAGAGAACGCGUUCACCGAGGGGGACUUGGCCGAUCUGAAAUCGUCGCUGGUGAAUGAAUCGGAGAUCAGUCAAAACUCGCACCCACCGGUGGUCAGAACAGGACACCAGGAGGAGCAGAGAGUGUACGAGGAGAAACACAGGGAACAUCUCGAACAUCUGAACGACGUACCAAAGCCUCAAGAUGGAGGGAUGUACAAAGCAUCAACGUAUUCUGGAUACCCGUUCCUGAUGUUGCCGGAGCCCUAUCAUCCCAAUGGACAAGUGUCACCAUCUGCUAACAAAGUGGCAGUGGUGCAGCAGCCUCAUGGGAUGCACCCACUUACAUCUCUUCUACCAUACAGCAAUGAACACUUCAACCCCAGUCCUUCACAUCUGACAUCAGAUAUGAGCCAAAAACCAGGUGUUCACAGACAUCAGCCCCAUGAUCUUUCAAGCUUCUAUUCCCUGCCCUCAGGAGGAGUUGGCCAAAUUACCCCAUCCAUGGGUUGGCAAAGUCAGCCUGUUUAUCCACUCUCCUCGUGUGGCUUCAGGCAGCCCUACUCCUCCAGUCUCGCCAGCAACUCCUCCUAUUCCAGGUUCUCUCACUCUCUUAUUAUGGGACCAUCUGGAAUGCACCCUACAGGAAUCCCACACCCUGCUAUAGUGCCAUCUUCAGGCAGGCAAGAGCAUGACCAGUUUGACAUUAAGCCUCAUCCAGAGUCAAAGAGAGAGAGAGAGCCUAAGAAGCCAGUCAUUAAGAAGCCUCUGAAUGCCUUCAUGCUCUAUAUGAAGGAGAUGAGGGCAAAAGUCAUUGCAGAAUGCACCUUGAAGGAGAGUGCAGCUAUCAACCAGAUACUGGGCCGCAGGUGGCAUGCUCUGACUCGUGAGGAACAGGCUAAGUACUAUGAGCUUGCCAGGAAAGAGCGGCAGCUUCACAUGCAGCUCUACCCCAGUUGGUCUGCCCGAGACAACUAUGGCAAAAAGAAGAGAAGAAAAAGAGACAAGCAGCAGGAUUCUGCCACAGACCCUGGCUUCCCUAAGAAAUGCCGAGCUCGUUUCGGCCUCAAUCAACAAAUGGACUGGUGUGACCCCUGCAGGUCUAAUAUGUUUGGAGAGGGAUCUUGGCUCAAUCCUCCAUGCAGAACAAAGUCCAAGCUUUACAAUGUUAUGUUUGGGCAUGUGGGCUGUUUUUGUGUUCCUGUAGUCAUCCUGUCUUGAUUUGAAUAUACAGUCAGUUAUUAUUUUAGCUGUCUAUCACAGGAUACGACAGUUGAAAUUAAAUAAUGCAUGUGAGUUCAAAGUGCAGACUUUCUAAAGGCUUUAAUUUGAGACUAUUUACAUCUAAAUCAGACAGUCAUGUGAAAAUAAGUAAACCCCAUGGAAUUUUUUAAUUUAUUUUUUAAAAAGAUAUUUGGACAAGAAAACUUUUGAUACUCUUUGAAACAGUGCCUAUUAAUAAAGUGACAUUUUGUAGUAAUUUUCACAAUUUAAAUUAACAAAAAAACAACAACCCAGAUCGGUCACAUGGAAAAAGUAAGUACACCCCUACAUUUAUCACACAAUCAAAUCAAUAAAAUUAUAAUCAGGUAUUCAAGAUUUGGUGCCAGUGAUUAGACCCUGCUUAGGGAGUGCAGCUGGAACCUGUCUUAUUUAAACCUGUCACAUCUAGUGCCUGGUGUUCCCUUUGAUAUUGAGUUGUGUGGUGCUAUCAGAGUUGGGUAUUACGUGUUACUGUAAUCUAAUGACUUUUUCUGAUAAUGCUGUAAUGUAAUGCAUUACAUUUUAAAUUUAUAUAAUUUGAUUAGUUACUGAUAUCAAUAAAAUUACAUUACUUCUGUUACAAAUUUAUUGUUAAGAAAACAAUAUUAAGUACAAUGCAUUUUUAAAAUAAAUCACAUUUUGCCCCAAAGAUUUUUUUCUUUAGCCCCGAAUAAUUCUCCACUUGGAGCAGUUUGUCACUACGUAACUGAACAUCAGUAAAAGAUCACCUGUAAUUUUAUAUCUCCAGUGAACAGAGGCGAGACCAAUCAAACAGGGUUUACAGGAAAAUACAUGGAAACACUCGUAUCUUAUUGGCUGACAGCACUCAAUUCUGCCAAACGCUAGCCCACACAGUUAGUGUGAGGAAAAAUGGAUAUGCGCUGAUUUUUUGAAACCAGUUGAAACUGAAACAUUAACAUCCUCUGAUGCUGAGCAGGAAAACAAUCUGUGUAAACAUUUGAGCUCCAGUUUAUGUGAACAUGAUAUAAGCAGAGCAUAAGGAAAGAUAAUGUACUUUGCAUGGCACUGUAGCAGCUAAACCCAUUCAGUGAUAGCUUAGCCGUGCCUCCCCUUGACUAGUGACACUAAAUUGUUGUUUUUAUUACUUAUUUAUUUAAAAUGAUUGUUUUGUAUAAAAUUUUAUUUUCUUUUGUUGUGUAGGAGCUCACGGAUGCUAGUUUUUCGCUUUUGGUGCCGUUACCGCUAAGUGUGUAAAAGCCACGACCCUAAAAUUAAUGCGCGGCUAGAUUAACCGUGCUUUCAGGAAGAGCGGCUAACUUAAUGGCAGUAAGCUAGCCUAGUUAGGAAAGUUUUAUAUUUUAUUGGUCUGGUAGACCUAUAGACAAUGACAACACCCGGGGAUGUUUUAUGAUAAAUCCAACUUUUUCUGAUCAUCAUACAUUGACGCACUCUAAAAUUACUGAAAGAACUAUGAGUUUCACGUUGUAGCAGGGACGUCUGUAGGCCUAUUUUUUAUUCAUUUAAUAUUCAUUAGCCCCCCUAAGCAAGUAAAUAUAUCAGCCAAUAUAUUUCUUUUUUUUCCAUCAACGGUUCGACUCCCAUCACAUCUUAAACCCGUUCCUGGGUGGGCACUAGGACCUGGGGGAGGCUGCUGUACGCGCUACACAUACAGUGGCUACACACCUAUUUAUCCGCGCGUUUUUCGGUUGACGGACACACAUCCAGUGGCUUUACCAUGGGUACCUCCCGUCAGCGG